GCGCCGAGCGCGGCGGCCGGCGGCCCGCGAUGGACGAUGGGAAGCCCGUGUGGGCGCCGCACGCCAGCGAUGGCUUCCAGCUGGGAACCAUCGUGGACAUGGGCACUGACUCCCUCACCAUCCAGCCGCUCACCGGCAAGGGGCAGAUGUUCCAGGCCCCGUACAACCAGGUGUUCCCUGCCGAGGAGGACAGCCAGAAGAACGUGGAGGACAACUGCGCGCUUAUGUACCUGAACGAGGCGACGCUGCUCAACAACAUCCGCGUGCGCUACAGCAAGGACAAGAUUUACACGUACGUAGCGAACAUCCUGAUCGCGGUGAACCCCUACUACGACCUCCCCGCGCUCUACUCGUCGCAGACCGUCAAGCAGUACAACGGCAAGUCACUGGGCAUGCUGCCGCCGCACGUCUACGCGAUAGCUGACAAGGCGUUCCGGGACAUGAAGGUUCACCAUGAGAGCCAGUCCAUCAUCGUCUCCGGGGAGUCCGGGGCCGGUAAAACCGAGAACACCAAGUUCGUGCUGAGGUACCUGACAGAGUCGUAUGGAACUGGGCAGGACAUCGACGAGAGGAUCGUGGAAGCGAACCCACUGCUGGAGGCGUUUGGCAAUGCCAAGACGGUUCGCAACAACAACAGCAGCCGCUUCGGCAAAUUCGUGGAGAUUCACUUCAACGGCAAGAACACGGUGGUGGGCGGCUUCGUGUCGCACUACCUGCUGGAGAAGUCUCGCAUCUGCAUGCAGAGCAAGGACGAGCGCAACUACCACAUCUUCUACCGCCUCUGCGCCGGCGCGCCCGAGGACAUUAGGCAGACGUUCCACCUGAGCUCCCCUGACGCGUUUCGCUACCUGAACCGAGGCUGUACCAGCUACUUCUCCUGCAAAGACACGGACGGGAAAAUCCCCCAGAACCGCAAGAGCGCCCAGCACCUGCGUCAGGGCGGCGCGCUCAAGGACCCCAUGCUGGACGACGUGCGGGACUACGCGCGCAUGUGCCAGGCCAUGGAGAAGAUCGGCCUGAACCGCGACGAGAAGCUCAACCUCUUCCGCGUCGUCGCCGGGGUGCUGCACCUGGGCAACGUCGACUUCCAGGAGGCUGGCUCCACCUCGGGCGGGUGCAUGGUGAGCUCCGACUGCUCGGCGUACCUCCAGCACACGGCCGAGCUGCUGGGCCUGGACCAGGAGGAUCUGUGCGAGAGCCUCACCUCGCGCAUCAUGGCCUCGGGGGGCGUCAAGGGCACCGUCAUCAAGGUGCCCCUGAAGGUGGAGCAGGCGAACAGCGCGCGCGACGCCCUGGCCAAGGCCAUCUACAGCCGCCUCUUCGACCACGUCGUCGACCGCGUCAACCGCUGCUUCCCCUUCACCGAGUCGGCACACUACAUCGGCGUUCUCGACAUCGCCGGAUUCGAGUACUUUGAGCACAACAGCUUUGAGCAGUUCUGCAUCAACUACUGCAAUGAGAAGUUGCAGCAGUUCUUCAACAAGAGGAUCCUCAAAGAGGAGCAAGAGCUGUACCAGAAGGAAGGGCUGGGUGUCAACGAGGUGCACUACGUGGACAACCAGGACUGCAUCGAUCUGAUCGAGGCUCGCUUGGUGGGAAUCUUGGACAUCCUGGACGAGGAGAACCGCCUUCCCCAGCCCAGCGACCAGCACUUCACGUCCGGCGUCCACCACAAGCACGGGCAGCACUUCCGCAUCUCCAUCCCGCGCAAGUCCAAGCUGACCGUCCACCGCAACCUCCGCGACGACGAGGGCUUCCUCAUCCGCCACUUCGCGGGCGCCGUCUGCUACGAGACGUCCCAGUUUGUGGAGAAGAACAACGAUGCGCUGCACAUGUCGCUGGAGGCGUUGGUGAGCGUGUCGAGCGACCCCUUCGUCAAGCGCCUCUUCGAGAGCAGCAAUGGUAGCAGCAGCAGCAGCAGCGGCAGCAGCAGCAGCAAGGAGCGGCCCAAAGCCGGCAAGCUGAGCUUCAUCAGCGUGGGGAACAAGUUCAGGACCCAACUCGGGCAGCUGCUUGAGAAGCUGCAAGCAACCGGAGCGAGCUUCGUGCGCUGCGUGAAGCCCAACCUGCGAAUGACGAGUCACCAGUUUGAGGGCGCCCAGAUCCUCUCCCAGCUGCAGUGUUCAGGCAUGGUGUCGGUGCUGGACCUGAUGCAGGGCGGGUUCCCAUCCCGCGCGCCCUUCCACGAGCUCUACAACAUGUACAAGAAAUAUCUGCCCUCCGCCUUGGCGCGCCUCGACCCCCGACUCUUCUGCAAGGCUCUCUUCAAAGCGCUGGGCCUGAACGAGAACGACUUCAAGUUCGGACUCACCAAAGUGUUCUUCAGACCCGGCAAGUUUGCCGAGUUUGACCAGAUCAUGAAGUCAGACCCGGAGCACCUGGCGGAGCUCGUGGGGCGAGUGAAGCGCUGGCUCAUCGGAAACCGCUGGAGGAAGGCGCAGUGGUGCUCGCUGUCCGUCAUCAAGCUGAAGAACAAGAUCCUGUACCGGGCUGCGGCGUGCGUCAAGAUCCAGAAGACGGUGCGCAUGUUCCUGUGCAGGAAGCGCUACAAGCAUCGCGUGGAGGGCCUGGUGAAGGUCCGCUCGCUGCAGAAGCGGCUGGAGCAGAUGAAGAAGGUGACCUCCACGCUGAAGGACGGGGGCGCGCAGAAGGACGUGCAGCAGAUGGAGGCCGCGGUCCAGACCCUCGUGGGAAAGAUCAAGUCGGGCCCGGUGACUCCCGGCGAACUGGACCGCGAGUACGCCGCGCUCGUUCAGCGCUCGGCCCAGCUGCUCGACGCGCUGCAGCGGCGCAAGAAGGAGGAGGAGGAGGCGGAGCGCCUGCGCGCCAUCCAGGAGGAGAUGGAGCACGAGCGGCAACGCCGAGAGCAGGAGGAACAGCGGCGCAAGCAGGAGGACGAUGAGCGACGCCAGAAGUCGGAGAUGGAGUCUCAACGCAAGCGGGAGGAGGAGGAGAGGAAACGGCGAGAGAAGGAGGACAAACGCAUGCAGGAGGAGGUGCAGGCGGAGAUGCUGGUGCACAAGGAGGAGGCGGCACGCACGCAGACCAUCGUGGAGCAGGAGCGGCGCGACCGCGAGCUCGCCAUGCGCAUCGCACAGAGCGACGCCGAGCUCAUCCCGGACGACAACGCCGGGGACAACAGCCUCAAGCGGGGGUUCCUGGUGCAGGCGCAGCAGGCAGCGCAGGUGGUGCGCAAGCACGACCUGAGCAAGUGGAAGUACGCGGACCUGCGUGACACCAUCAACACGUCCUGCGACAUCGACCUGCUGGAGUCGUGCCGCGAGGAGUUCCACCGCCGGCUCAAGGUCUACCACGCGUGGAAGGCCAAGAACAAGAAACGCAGCGACGACGGGCAGCAGAGGGCGCCGCAGGCCGUGGUGGAUCACGCGGAGCAGAUGAGCGCGGUGCCGCCGGUGCCCCCGCGCCAGCCGCAGGCGGCACAGGGGCGGCCCCAGCGCUACUUCCGCAUCCUCUUCAUCCGCCCGGCCGACCAGUACAAGGACCCGAACAACAAGAAGAAGGGCUGGUGGUACGCGCACUUCGACGGCCAGUGGAUCGCCAGGCAGAUGGAGCUUCACCCCGACAAGCCGCCCAUCCUGCUCGUCGCCGGCAAGGACGACAUGGAGAUGUGCGAGCUGAGCCUCGAGGAGACGGGGCUGACGCGCAAGCAGGGCGCCGAGAUCCUCCCGCGCGGCUUCGACGACGUGUGGGAGCAGUGGGGCGGCGUGGAGUACCUGCGGCGCGCCGUCGAGAACAAGCAGGCCCGCCCCACCUACGCCACCGCCACGCUGCAGGCCAAGCGAUCCUAGCCUAGCGCUCACGGCCACCCAGUAGACUCCCUCCCGCAACCCCCGGCCCACACGCUCGGGCCUCCUCUUAGCCUAGUCUAACCCGGACCUUUGUUAGCCCGGUUCGGCCUACUCUGUUACAGUCUAGCCCGGACCAGGCCAACGCAGUUUAGUUCCAGCCCGCUCGCCCUAGCUCACACGCCCGAGCAUCGGGGCCUUCCUGAGCCGGACCUGGCUCGGCCUGCUCUGCACCGCUCUGGCCCGCACCAGGCUAACUCAGUUUAAAUUAAGCACAAGUGGACAUAUUGCCGCAGUCCGUCUGUCCCGCGAGGGUCACCCGGUAGCGUCUGCUGCAUCGUCAUCCAGCGUGGUCGCCUGCUCUAGCCCACCUGCACCCGCCGCGUUGGUCUGGGCCAGGCUGCCGCAACACUCGCACACAGCCCACGGAAAUGCUGUGCGUGCUGCCCGCUUGAUCGGCCCUUUCACACGAGUGGUACAGCUCCCACCCGGCCUUCGUCCCCAGUGUGUGUAGGUUAGAGCUGUUCCAUUUGUUCCUGGUAACGGGGGGGGGGG